AUGGGGUCUACCACUACGACAGAGACUAGCACAAAGGGAAGGGGACAUGUAGUUGCAGAAGCGCCCACCAGGAUUAUGCCCGCUAGGAAGGCAAAAUCACAGUCAAAAUCACCGACGGAACUCAUGUCGCAGGGGUCUGGAUCGCAGGGAAGAAAACGCCGAAAGAAAUCCGACGACACAGUAAAUUCAAAGAAACGCCGAAUCGCACAGACCAGCCAAGUAGAGGCCGAGUAUGUGCCGUCUGCGAAUGAUCUGAUCUGCGACAUCCCAAGAGAUGAAAAUUUUACAAUUGACACAUUGCUGCCGGAUCUUGCUACAUCAUACGUCGAUCGAUACACUUCGCCCGCCGCACCAGCACGGGCGAAACGGAAGCCAUGGCCACGACAAUCCAAUCCCUUGAUAGAUCCUGAGAAAUUGCCUCCUGGCUGGAGCAUGGCUGAACCGGAUCUUGACCGAGAUGAUGUCGACGCACAAAUUGAAAGAUGCCACCUGAGAAUCAAAGAGAAUAUCAUGCCGCACAUAUUUUCACACCGGCUAAAAGGACUGAAAAUUGCUCAAGCCGAGCGAAUUGCAUUGGUCGAAUCGGAACCUGGGAACCAUAGCUUGGGUGUCCUCAGGCGCUUGGAAGUCUUGAGAAACAUUGAAUUUCAGCUACAGAGCUCGGACAACUUCAAUCAGCUCCCUAAUGUCCUAGCAUUACUGCAGGCCUACCGCGGAGGAUUGCUUCAUUGGAACAUAGGAUUGGUCACCUAUUGGUUUGAAGGUGUGCAAUUGUGUGAACCAAGGCCGUUCAGUUGGGACGAAUUCGAGGUGCUCAAUGCCCAUCACUCUGGUAAACGUGGAUUUUGGAUGGAAGGACUGGUUGGGCCCGGACCUUCACACUCAUUAGUCGCCGUUGGUUUAUAUGGAUUCCCCCCGCCCCAAGGAUUCUUUGCUCGCACUUAUUUGGUUGCCAUUCGCGUCCCUAGUUUGGGCUGGUACGCAGAGCUUGAAUUCCUAUACGACACUGGGGCAUGCAUGAUGUCAUUAUAUGAGGGUGAUCUUCAAAAUAUUAUGGGAAGAUCGACAGAGGAACCCACAGUCAUGGGGCUACACGCAUCAACUAUAGCCGAUGGUAGCACGAUGAAGGCGGAUGACGAAAUGGGUCAGAGUCCAAUGUCAGGUAUAUCGAGGUUGGUGUAG